AGAGCUUGGGAAGGUUUGACAGUGUACACUUGUGAGAUCGGUGUGUACAAACCUGUGUACUGAGAUACGAACACGAGCCUGCCAGGAAUGGAGCUGAGUCUCCGCGGGGUCGUGCUAGCCGGGUUUAUUAUAGCUUUGAGCGGAGGUAAGUCACGUGAUCAUACUUUACUCUGUUGUUACCGAUCAAACAAAGUUAUGUCAAACUAAAAUAUAGGAAUGCACCACUAAACACCAUUGUAUUUUGAAUAACUCAAUUCACCCAUUGUUUAAAAAAAACAACAACACUGUAAUUAUGGGAGACAACCAAAUGUUUGGUUCCAAAAUCAUGCCCCUUUUUGUGUUGGUUUCUAAACUUGAUUCCAGUAAGAUGAGUGGGUCUAAUUAUAAAAGACCAAAUAAUACAAUUUUGUGAAGAAAAAAAAAUAAAUUAAAACCUGUUUUAAUCGUAAUCAUUUGUUUCCUUUCAAUUGACGGUAUCGUCAUCCAAUCCAUCUUUACUUAAUUGAACCAUGCCACUGACCAAUGCUAUGUGAGCAGAACCAAUUUACUCGAUAAUGUCUCAUCCCCACCCCUAUUUUUUUCCCUACAUGGUUGUACGCCAUGUUUUUAUCCUAAUACACUGUAGAGCUUUUCUAAACCAUUUUUGUUACAACAUACCCCCACCCCCCCAUUUAAUCACAACAUAGUGACAUAUACUGAUAUCGCAAGCUCCAAUAUGUACAGAAUAGUUUCCAUAGUGUCAUCGGAAUAUUCUGUAGUUCAAUCAUACUCACAGAUAUUAUAUAGUUAACAUCCCAAAGCCCCAUAACUGUAUCAAUAUAUUAUGGUUAUAUCCAGAAACUCCCCCCCCCCUCGCCCCAAACGGCCUCCUUUUCGAUUUGCAUUUUAUUUUAGAUUAUUCAUUUAUUCAGGUGUGUCGUUUGAAGAGGUACCGGUACAACGGUUUGACGGCUGGUACAACAAUCCACUCAACCCAUCAUGGGGCGGCGUAGGUAAGUAAUGGUGCCCGCAGCUGUUUACCCCCACCCACCCCUGAUCGUCAGAGCCAUCGCGAAGGCCCUGACUCCCUUGCGGUUGCAGAGGUCCCCGUAUUAUCUAUAUAGGGGCCAAGCGUUGAGAUGCAGAGGUCCCCGUGUUAUCUCUAUAGGGGCCAAGCGUUAAGAUAUGGAGGACACAAUUGAAAGAAAGUAUUUAAAAUUAGGGGAGUGGGGGCCCAAAAGUCAAGGGACUGCUGAGUGGUGAAAGCUAUACCCCCACCCCCACCCCCUAGACGUUGUCCCUGUUCAAUUCUGGGUGUAGGUCAUAUUAUAUUGGGUUUUAAUUCGGGAGGGAGUUCGUUGUCUUAUAAAUAAUACACAAAAAUGUACAAUAACAUGUGCAAAAAAAAAAGUAACAUCAUUUUCAGAACAGUGUUGACUCUUAAUUAAUAACGAUAUCGAUAACACACGAUUAUCGCUAAUGGCUCAAUAACUCUUCACAUUUCUCAGCAGAUCAAAUUAUAAAAUUCUGGGAUUAUAUUAUUUAAAAAAAAAAUGACUUUUUGAGCUUAUAAUUUUAAUUUUUAAUCUUGAUAUGUUUAAUAUCAACGUGUCUUCGAAUGAUGCCACAUUGUCGUGAUACCAUUGCCCUCUGAAUUUCGAAUCAACAUUUAGACUUUUAAAUUCAACUAUUUCAAGGAACAAUUUGUGCAACGCAAUAAGUACCUUGGGGUUAGUGGCGCCCGGGACUGGGCCAUGAAAUUUGCCGAACUCCUUCCACGGGAAAAAACCAAAAAACAACUCUUCAAUUGGCCCAGAACACCGCCCUGCUUAGUAACGGAAUACAUAGUGCCCCCUCCCCGUAACGGAAUACAUAGUGCCCCCUCCCCCUCAACUCCCACGACAUUGGUUUAAAGUAAAGAAAUUGAAUUCUGCCUUCCAUGAAACUUUGCAGGACGCGCCUUGGAGAGAAAUAUCACACCGGCUUAUGCCGAUGACACCUACCGCCCCUCUGGAUGGGACAGGCCGAAUCCUCGGUGGAUCAGCAACGAGCUGUUCGGGGCAGACCAUCUGCCGAGAGGUCAAGUGGCCAACGGAAGAAAUCUUACGGCACUGUUUGCAUUUUUCGGUAAGAUUGUUUUUUUUUUUUUUUUAAAAAGAUUAAAAAAACCCCACCGAUUUACUGGUUGUUAAACACGGGAUCAUCGUGUGGCUAUUCGUCAACUUCCUGUAUGUUGGUGUCUGCAAAAUUUAGCCUAGUUCUUAUGUUAUAAUAUAGGAAAAAGUAAACGCAUACAAUCUCAUCUAUAUCAGCGUUUCUCAAACGGUGGCCCACGAGCCUUACGUUGCCGGUCCGCACAGCAUGAAUAUGUUAUGGUCGAGUACAUAGAAAAAUGUAAUGAAUACACCUGGCAACAUUUCCUGUUGCAAUUUCAAAACGUAUCCAUCGGUCAGCCAAGCUUAGAAAACACUGAUCUAUAUUGAAUUUUUUUUUUUCUAAACUGAUCGAAACUGCAGAUAUAUUUAAAAAAUAAAUACUUCAACUUAAAAGGUUAAAUUCUUACAUUUAAUAUAAAUAUAUUUUUAAAAAAACUUUUUAAAAAAAUUUAAAAAAAACUACAAUUAUCGCAAGCUGUUGUGUUCGCUCAAAUUUGUGGCUCGGAAUUCCACAUAUUCAUUACAGUUAUGAAUUGUGUCCUUAUCUACGUAACCAAAGAACCCCAAGCGUAUCACUAAAUUCACUACCACCAACUCUGAGGCGGAAUGCACUGAAAAAUUUCCUCGAUAAAUUGUUUCCAAACUUGGGGGAUGUCAUUAAAAGGUUUUUAAUAUGUUUGACUUCAUUUUUAGGGACCCUAAUUCGGACCAAAGAUAUGACUCUGACUAGGAUUUCCACAAACAUCCAACAUGUUCCCCCUUGAGUCAGUUAAUAAGGUUUAACGAUCCCCGCCUCUCUUUUUUUUUUGGGGGGGGGGUGGGGGGUGGGGUGGAAGGGGGGGGGGAGACCUAAUUAAAAGCAAAGAUUAGUUUUUCAUGCUGCCGUCAGGACAGUUUAAUUUGUCCUUAAGAAUCUGUGUUUUAGAAUACAACAAAUAAAAAGUGAUAAAUAGUCUAGAGGUCCCACGAAAUCUUUAAAUCACCCUUCAAUUGGGAAACCCAGCCAUUGAAAGUAAAAAUACGAUCUCUUACAAAUUACAAUAAAUGAAGUACAUCCGGUGUCUGCAGUAACGGAAGUCGUUACGGCGGGAAGUCAUUUCGAUUUUCGUCUCCAUAAGUAUAACUGCUCAAUUCUGAUUGCUUUUCAAAAGUGGGAAAAUUCGCCUGGGUGUUUAACCUGCGGCGCUCUAACAAUCCAUUAUUUCUUCGGUAGCAUCUUUUAUUAUAGAUCGUAACUAUGUUUUGUAUCAUAGGACUCAAUUUCGUAUCAGGAAGUUAUCAUAAUCAUACAGAUGGAGCAAUCUGCAAUGGUCUGGCAAUGGAGCUUAUAAACAAAAUAGUAACUAGACUACCAGACUACCAGCAGAGUAGAUGGUAAAGUAGUGUAGUACUGGCAGUCCGAUCAGUCAGUAAAAUGCAGAUCUACGAAUGUAGAAACUUAAAAAAAAAUUGGAUCUCGUUUUUGAAGGUACGGGUGGUCGCAUUUUAUUUUAUGCGUUUUUAUUAUACAAUUUAUUAAUUUAAAAUCCAGUGUAUCAUGUGAUUUACAAGAUGAUGGUAUCCAAAGGCAAAUGUGUCAACAUUAUACCAAACUCACAUUACUUAUUACUCAUUACUGUGACUGUGUGAAUUGCGAUUUAUCCUCUAAAUAAUCAUGUCAUUUUUUUCUCAAGGGCAAAUUGUUCAGCAUGAGCUGAUUGACACUGAUGACGUCACGUGUCCCAUUGAAAUCUUGGAGACACCAGUCCCCCGGGGGGACCCCGAGUUCGAUCCUGAGGCAGAGGGGAAUAAACACCUACCAUACGAGCGGACCUCCUAUGACCAAAACACGGGACAGUCGCCUAACAAUCCAAGGAGACAGGUAUAGUUUUAAAGGUGAUAGGUGGGUCAUUGGAGGCAGAUUGGGGAACAAAUGGGUCUUUUUUAGACAGGAUGGUCUAGAGGGACUGUGAGGCUUCUCUGUGAGUAUCUGCAUAAUUGCAGUUUGGCUGGUCGAGGGGAACAGCGAGGGCUAAAGUGGCAAGUGACUGAUGAGAGUAAUUUGAAAGGACAGAAAUAGUGAAAGGUGUUCAUAGAGUAACAGGUGGGUACAGAUUUACUAGUGGAUGUAGGAUGAAAGGUGGGUAAAUGUGGGAUCAAGGUGUCAUGUUUUGGAUGCAGACACAGGUAACAUCACUGUUAAUGGUUGUCUUGAAUGUUUAUCCUGGGAUUAUUGAAUAAUUUUUUAAAUCAAUGUUUGAAGGGGUGAAUCCAGAAUAGGAUGGCACCAUUAGUAAAAUUGGAAGAUUUCUCUUGCUUAACAAAUUCUAUAUUGCUAUAUUUUUUUCUUCUGAUUCUCUUCUAUCAACAGCUCAACAGGGCCUCUAGCUACAUUGAUGGAAGAUUUCUCUUGCUUAACAAAUUCAAUUCAUGUUUAAGAAGUGUUUAAAUAAGUAGAAGACUCACAAUAUGGAGUGACUCCCCAAAAGGGUUUAUUACUAAAUCAUAAUCAAUCUGAUUCAAAGUAUGCCACCAGUCAAUUGCCCUCAGAUUCCUUAUCAUGAACACUUGAAUUUCUAAGCUAGGUCUGCAAAUUGCUAUAUUUUUUCUUCUGCAUCUCUUCUAUCAACAGCUCAACAGGGCCUAUAGCUACAUUGAUGGAAGAUUUCUCUUGCUUAAAAAAUUCAAUUCAUGUUUAAGAAGUGUUUAAAUAAGUAGGAGACUCGCAAUAUGGAGUGACUCCCCAAAAGGGUUUAUUACUAAAUCAUAAUCAAUCUGAUUCAAAGUAUGCCACCAAUCAAUUGCCCUCAGAUUCCUUAUCAUGAACACUUGAAUGUCUAAGCUAGGUCUGCGAAUUGCUAUAUUUUUUUCUUCUGCAUCCCUUCUAUCAACAGCUCAACAGGGCCUCUAGCUACAUUGAUGGAAGUUUUCUCUACGGGAACAGUUUGGUCCGUACUGAAUUCCUCCGCCAGCCGAACAGCGGCAAACUGGCGUGCGAGGACAAAUGGGGCAAGUUCCCUAUGAGGAACAAUGUCAACCUGCCCUACCAUGCCUUCAGCUUCAAGUUCACAAGAUCGGAGCAGCUCUGGAGUAAGUUGGUGUAAUUUGAAACCGUUACUUUUGCAACAAUGGUGAGACAUUAUGAAAUAUAUACACAUACACAAAACCCUGCUCCAUGACUGACAAUACUAUUUCUCGAACAUGUAUGAAAUUUAUGAAUUAUUUGGAGAAAAAAAGUUAAUGUUGCAUUCUUAUAUUUGGAUGAAUGAAAAAUUUACAGGCUCAUAAGUUUUCAGCUUUAAAACAAACAUGUAGGAUACAAAAUUUAAAUAGCUUGGCUACUCACAAAUUAAGUCAUUUUUUGGCCAGGUUAUUUUGUCAUGUGUCUUUUUAUUUCUUCUACAAUAUGAAAAACAGUAAUGUACACCCUUACGAUUCUUAUUUAAUGGAUGUUAAAGUUUGGGGCAGGGGAGGAGUAGUUAAGAUCUAAAGAGAGUGCAUGUGGCACCAUUAGUUAAUGACAACUUGAUUAAAAAAUAGACGAAAGAGGUCAGAUAUAGUAAAGUAAAUGCAAUAAGGUGCUUGGCAGACCGUAAAGCACCACAUUCCAAACUAACCACUUCCCAGACUGACCACUCCACAGACUGACCACUCCUCAGACUGACCACUUCCCAGACUGACCACUUCACAGACUGACCACUUCCCAGACUGACCACUUUACAGACUGACCACUUCACAGACUGACCACUUCCCAGACUGACCACUUUCCAGAUGGACCACUUCACAGACUGACCACUUUACAGACGGACCACUUCCCAGACUGACCACUUUACAGACUGACCACUUCCCAGACUGACCACUUUCCAGAUGGACCACUUUACAGACUGACCACUUCCCAAACUGACCACUUCCCAAACUGACCACUUCCCACAUCCACCACCUCCCAGGUACAUAGUAAAUGUUAAUUCAUCUUUCGUCAGCCAUUAGAUGUAUUAGUCAUGUGUUUAAAUUGUUCUAAUUUAAAAAUGUUGUCUUGGUUAAAAUAUGUAUUUAUUUAUGUGCUGAAAAGGAAUAUGUACAAUGUGAUAAAAAAUAUUUCCAUUUAUUUUGUUCCAUAAAGAAUCUUAUCUAUCUUAUUCAUUUUUUACCUGCGUUAGGACUGGGUGACACACACGUGUUUGAGAAUCCUGCUGUUCUGGCACUCAACCUGGCAUUCUACCGCUACCAUAACAAGGUCGUAGAUGACAUCCUGGCUGGUGGAGACCAUCGUGACAAAAACAGUGACGAGUUGUUUGACCUGGCUAGAAGACAGGUCAUAGCAAACAUUCAGGUAAGGCUAUAAUUGAGUUGAUGAUGUAGUCACCUUUGACCCCAAAAAAAUGCUCAUAAAAAGAAAUAUUAAGAAAGAAAUUCAGAGCUGCCCUCAACAGCUAGGUAUUAAAACAUAUUUUGGUUUGUAGCUAAGUUAUGAGGGAAGAAACUUAUUCAUUGCCAGCCUAAGAUCUUUUGAGAUAUAAAAUACUGUUUUAAGAAAGCCAUGUUUUCACACAAAUGUUCUAUAAAUCCUCAGAAUGUCAUGGUCUAUGAAUGGCUCCCAACGUUAAUUGGCAUGGAGCUGCCGCCAUACACAAGUAAGUGCUGUGGAGGUUCUAUUUCUAUCAAAACUAUUUACUUACAAAACAAUUAUAAUCCAUUGAGUAAAACCCUAACCCACAAAAUAGGUAAAUGAUAAUCAAAUUAAAAUCUGUUAAAUGUGCCUUUAACCGUGCCCUCCAUCCCUUUCCAACAACCCCUUAAUGAAAUAAAUUUAGAUUUUGUUUCCUUCACCUUUAUUUCUUAUCCUUCAGGAUUUUCUCAUAAAGCAUUGGAAUAUAAUUACAUUAUUUUAAAAUGUGAACUUCUUAAUGAUAGAAAUAUUUGGUUUCAAUGCCCAUGUCCUGUCCACAAUCAGCCACAUGUGCUAGAAUUAUUGUAGAGUAAACCACAAACUGAUAAGUAAAACCAUAAGAUCUUAUUUUUACAGAAAAGGAUAUCAAUUUUUUUUUUUUAAAUUCAUUUUUUUAUUGCAUGGGUUUAUUUGAAAGUAAUAUAGACUAAUAUUUACAAGUUUUUUUUCAUUUUAAAAAAAAAUUGUGUAAUUGGUUUCUUUGCCGCUUUGAUUUUACAGGUUACAAGUCCUGGGUGAAGAGUGAUGUCACUGAUAUCUUUGAUGCAGGUGCAAUUAAUUACAUCAUGACACUCAUACCAAGUGGCAUCAGCCAAUUGUAAGUUGAGGAGUGAAUGUGAAUACACAGUAUAUAUUCCAUAGCCUAAAUGUAUUUUAUGUUAUCAGUUCAACAGAUCUAAGGGUGCAAUUGAUACAAAUUUGGAAAAAAAAUGUCACCUUUUAUUGUAAAUUUAAUGUUUUUCCGUAAUGUGGUGGGUGUUUAUAAAUUAUUAAUUGUUUCUUUACUGAAAUUUACUUCAAGUAUUUAAAUUUGAGCUUAUCGUCUUUUUAUUUUACAAAUCAAAUAUAAAAUUCCCUGUUUGAUCAAAUCUAUAAGUUGCUCAUUACAUAUAUCUAUCAAAUUGAACUUAAAUCAAACAUAAAUGUACACAUUCAAAUUUGUAUUGAGAUGUAAAAAUUAGCUCAGUUUAAGAGUCAUUUAAAAAAAAUUUAAAUUUUGUGCUUAAAAAAAAUUUAAUUACAAAAUUUAGGGAAAAAACCAAUUGCUUGGUUCGUAAUGAUGGACACUUCCCAGCAAAACGUUUGUGCAAGACUUACUGGAAUGCCAUGGUGGGUGAAUAAAUACUCCAUUUAGAGCUGGUUUGAUUUUAUUACUUUUUUUCAUUCUUUUUUUAUUCCUUUCACGUAAUGCUGCUCCUAAUUCUUACUUGAUAAUCUCAAAGCAAAAGUUACCUUGUAUCAAAAACCUAGUACACUCUUAACAUUGUUUUCUUAGGCUCUUUUAAAUGUUGCAUUUUGAACUUAUUAGUUUCACCUUUCAUUUUAAUAUUGAAAUACUAUUUACGUGGAUUGGGCUGGUUUCUUAUUUUCACCACAUUGUCAUUACAAUACAGCUACAUUAUUAAAAAAAAAUGUAUUCAUUAGAUGUCAGCAGUUAAUACACUCCACAAGCCUUUCUCAAUUUCUAGGAAUAAGUCUCGUUGAAAAAUGUUGUUUAGAACUGCUGGUUUAGUUCAUGUGCCCAUUUUAAUAGUAUAAUAAUAUAUGAAUACUCUAGGCUGUGGUCUCUGUAACAACUAUCUGUCUUCUCCGGCCUACAUUCUUUUCAUACACCACAGUAAAUGACCACUCACUCCAGUUAUCUAACCAAUAUACACACAUUUAAGUUUAGAUAUUCAUGAAAACAAUCACCGAGUCCAGUGAGUAAACAUGACAACAAUGCAGAACAAGCAGGUCACAUUGGGACUCUUAAGUUCAGUCAGUACAGAGGAUAACAAUAUUGGUAAGUCGAAUUGUCACUUUUGCCAUCACCCACAAAUCCAGAGAUUAUUGAUUUUUGUUUCCUCUUUUGUAUGCCUUCACAGGAAACAGUUUAUGAACAUGAAGACAGUACAGCAGAAAUUAUUUUAGGCCUUGCCCAUCAGAUGGCAGAAAAUGAUGAUACUUAUGUUGUAGAGGAUUACAGAAGUAAGGAUAUUUCUUCUACCGGCCAAUAGCUUUUUUAAAGUUUAAGAUUGGAGUCAUAAUCGUGUUUAUGGUGUGUAGACCCCUCUCCCUCUUUUUUUGGAGACACAAAAUAGUCAUGGCUAAACAAGCUGUAUAAUAGCUCGAUUUAAAUAUAAAUAAAUAAAUAUGAGAUGUUCACUGUUUCGAAACAAAACAAAAGACAUUAAGUACCCUACAUAAGAAGUUUAGUCUACACUGAGAUAAGAAAUGUGGUUUUUUAUAAUUAAAUAAAUGAAGCAAAAUCUAGACACUUAAAACUAGAAAAUAUUCAAUAAUAGUUUUGACUCCAUCAAAUAAAAACUAAGAUUUUAAUUCCAGUUUAAAUGUUUAUUCCUCCUUUUUUUUCUACAGACAAGUUCUAUGGCCCAGCGUAUCACACCAACCAUGAUGCUGUACUUUUAACCAUAAUGAAAGGACGUGACUACGGCCUGCCUGAUUAUAACACUGUCAGGAGAACAAUGGGGCUUGAGCCAAAGAAAAGUUUUGAAGAUGUGAAUAUCGAACUAAAUAGAACCAAUCCAGAGGUAAUUUUUUUUUUAUUCCUUUCACAAAGCUCACAAAGUGGUUUAUGUGGUGUAAUAAGAGAUGAGAUACACACUUAAGACUGAGAUUACAAGGAACUGUUAUAAAAAUGAACUGAGAUUACAAAAAGUAAGCAUGUAAUGAUUGCUUCAUUUUCUAUAUUGUGUAUGCUUUUGAAAAAGUGCAUUCAACUAUUUAAGUUCAUUCAAACAAAUCUUAUGAUAAAUAAAAUACACAUAUGUAAUAACAAAAUUGUACAGAAAAAAAUCAGCUUGAUGAAAAUAAUUAUUCCUGUAUCAUAGUUAUUGCAUGGUGAUAUAAAGAUCUGUUUUUUUUUUUUUGGAUCUGUGUUUUCAAGAUCUGAUUAUUUAAGAUGCUCUUUACUUACACAUGAAAAGACGCACCAAAAAUUAUUUUAAAAAAAAAUGUCAUAUCCACAGCUUAUGGAAGCCUUCAAGAGGAUGCACAAGAAUGACUUAUCCACAGUGGAUAUGUUUGUUGGGGGCAUGAUGGAGACAACACCAGAUGGACCGGGAGAGCUGUUUAGACACAUCCUGUAUGACCAGUUCAUAAGGCUGAGAGAUGGGGACAGGUUCUGGUUUGAAAACAAAGAAAACAAGUAAGUGCUGGUGCUUAAUCUCCCUUAAAUGAGUUGAACUGCAUCAUCUUCGAUCAAAUGUUAUUUACCUCAGUUGGGAUAACUUUAAAAACUUUGCAUUGCCAAUAAUUAUCAAUUUUUCUUAAAAUUUAAAUAAGUUAUAAAUAUUUAUUUUUUUUCAUUUAAGAAUUGGCAGCGGGUAACAUUUGCUUUAAAUACCUUAUUUAUGGCAUUCCCUCAUAUUUUUGGGGGUUUAGUCUUUUCUGAUGACAUAGACACACAUUUUUGUCAUGUCUAUGUACGUAGUUUACAACAGUUUUGUUUCUAUUGAAAUAUGCAACAUGUAGGGCUACACAUUAGUAUUUUUACUUAUCCACCAUCAACACCCCCUUGGAACUAUUUUUUCAAAAAGUUUUUUUAAAGUUCUAUCACCUCAGAUGUAAAUGCUUUCUGAACCCCUCUUCACUGCUCAAGACUGAUCCCAACCAAUUAAAAAGUAUAAUUAUCAUUAGGCUCACUAAAAUUAAGCAUGAAACUAUAAUAAUUGGAUUCUAAUCUUUGAUCAGGUUAUUUACUGACGAUCAAAUCAAAGCCAUAAGAAACACGACACUGGCUGAUAUACUGAACAAGGCAACGGACAUACCCAAAAAGAGGCUCAAAGACGUUUUCGUCAAUUAUGGUAACAGAAAUGAAAUUAAGUGUUAACGGUUAAGCAUGGUCUCAUGAAUUAUUAUUGACUAACUCAGACUCAUUACAGUUUAAUUAAAAUAUCUUUACUCCACUGGCCGAUAGUGUUCAUUGCUGUUGGCUGUUAUGCAAUAAAAAAUAAAUAAAAAAAUAAUUUUAAUAAUAGUGUUGGCUAUCUGCAAAACUCAUGAUCUUUUUUAUUAUUUAUUAUUUUCUUUAAAGUUAUUACAUCGAGAUGCUGUAUACUUCUUAAAGGUUAAAUUGACUACAUUUUACAACUUAAAAAAUGUAUGGACAAUUGUGUGACAAGUUCCAGUACCUAAAAUAUGUUGAAACAGAUGCAGCUGAAAUCAAUUUUAAAUAUUAAAUAUCUGAAAGUCUCCUCUUUGUUUCCUCCAGGUACUGACAAAGAGUGUGGUCCACAAAGAUUCUUCAAAACAGAAGAACUUGAUGACUGUCCAAUGAAUACAAGCCAUGAUUUUUUUGCAGGGAGUGAAAUCCCCUACAUUAUUAUCUGGACAUGUCUUGGGCUUCUUCCCCUUGGUAAGUGACUGGGUUGUUAUCUUCUGUGUUUCUGUUUGUAACAGUCCAGGAACAGACUGAAAAUAUUGUUUGCUUGUGAUUUAUGAAACAAAUUAUAAUUAUAUCUACUUAAAAAAAUUUUUUAAAAUGAUUUUGAAAGAAAUGCUAACCUGGAUAUAAAAAUAGUAAUCUAAGUAGUCACAUGUUCAAGCAAAAUUAGACAGACUCUGGUUGUAAAAAUAUAAGCAUUCAUUUUUAUAAGAGGAUGUUUACUUUUCACAUUUUUUUCAUUUGGUUUUAAAAGGGUAGUUGCUCAACCACACCCCUAAACAGACACCACUAAACGACACUGUAUCUGCACAUUCAGACACCACUAAACGACACUGUACCUGCACAUUCAGACACCACUAAAUGACACUGUAUCUGCACAUUCAGACACCACUAAAUGACACUGUAUCUGCACAUUCAGACACCACUAAAUGACACUGUAUCUGCACAUUCAGACACCACUAAAUGACACUGUAUCUGCACAUUCAGACACCACUAAACAUACACUGUCUGUACAGUCAAACACCCCUAAACAUACACUCUAUCUGUACAGUCAAACACCCCUAAACAUACACUCUAUCUGUACAGUCAAACACCCCUAAAUACACAUUGUACAGUCAGGCACCCCUAAACCCACAAUGUAUCUUCACAGUCAGGCACCCCUAAACCCACACAUCUUUAUUUGCACAAUCAGUGUUGUAAGUGAUCAAAAAAAUAAAAAAAAUAUUUCCUCCCCAAAGUUUUUUUAUUUUUAGAAUAGACCAUUUAAAGACACUAAUUUAUUUUCAAUCUUUUAUAUAUUUAUCAAUGUAACAUCUUAUAGAAAACAUUAGAGUCCAAAAGUUUUCCUUAAAUAAUAUUGACACAUAAACACAUCAAGAUUAAAUGAUAAAUUCUAAUUACCCUUAUGAAUUGUGAAAAAAACAACACAUUUUACAUCCAUUAUAUCUGCAUUCCAUUACAGUGUGUAUUUUUGUUGCUUACCUACUUGCCAAAUGCAAGAAAUGGCGACAUCAAAGAUUGCUGAACUCACUUAAAGUAGAGAAGGAGAAGAGACGAAUCUUAAGGAGAACUAUCUCCUGCAGUGUUUCUGGUACGUCCUUAUCUAAUCCUGAGUAGGUCAUAUCUAAAGUUUAUGUUAUAUAUGUAUAUGUUAAAAAUUAUUGCUGUAUCCGUUUCAUUUUUAAAAUGCUGAGAAGGUUAUAUUUGUAAAAGGAAAAACUAAAAAAAGUUAAAAUUAAGAAGUUAAUUAAGAAAUUCAUUGCUAAAUUUAAGUAAUAUUCCUAAACAUUAUUAAAUGUUUGUAUGUACAGUUCAUGAUGCCCUUGAAUGGCGUGGUCACGAUGUGGCCCCAAGACCUGUAGAGCUUCACCUGACCAACAAAGGAUGUUUAGAGAUUUUUAGCACAGCUGGGGCUCAUCUCAGGUAGGCCAACACACCUUUUGAUAGAUUUUCUUUUUCUUCAUUUUUUUUUCAAUCAGAAUGAAAUAAGCAGCAUAUUAUUUUUUUAAUGGCUCAUUUGGUCUGUCCACUUUAUUAUGGUAGUUUUUCAAAUGUCAUUCUGUUUUUCAAAAGAAGAAAAUCUGUCUAGUUUGACAAAGAUUCCAUUUUGUACCUUCUUUCUACUGUGACUAAAAAAGAUGUUAAAAAAAACACCAAAAAACAUUUUAAAAUCUGGGCAUGUCGGUGGUUGGUUGAUGAAAUUACAAAAAUAAGUGAAAGAAUAGAUUAUAGUUUGAUGAAUUUAAAAAGAAUGAGUAUGAUUUGUAUUUUCCUUAUAAAGUUGAUUAAGGUUUAGUUUAUUAUUUAUGUAUUCACUCUUGAUAUACAGUAUGCAAAAAAUGUUCAUUGUCUUAAUAAUUUGUGUUCAUUCUACAAUCCAGGGCUGUUUCAUCCCACAAAAUGGGCUCAUUAAUUUAGUUUAAAUAUGUUAUGUCCAAAUUUUUCGUGGACUUUUUAUACUUAAAUAUUUAUUUAUUUCUUGUAACUGGCAGACUGGUCAUAAGACUCGGUAUCCCACCAAAUAUUUUUACAAGACUUUUUAUAAUUAACAUCUGCUUGCAAUUUUUUAGGUCCAUCAAAGUUAGCACAAUGCCCACUUUGGCCAUCAAAAUGAGCUCCAACAAGAAGAGAAAUGUCUUAGGUAUAAUAAUGCCCAGAGAAUAUGAUCUGGUAAGUUGGCCUCGUUAACAUCUUAUAAUAAUGCCCAGAGAAUAUGAUCUGGUAAGUUGGCCCUGUUAACAUCUUAUAAUAAUGCUGAGAGAAUAUGAUCUGGUAAGUUGGCCUUGUUAACAUCUUAUAAUAAUUUUCAUUUAUAAAGCUUCAUUUGUUCCCCAAUCUAUCAGAAUUUACCAUUGUCCUCUCCAUGCAGUUACAAAAUCUAAAUUAUAAUCACUCAUAAAGUCAAUAUUGCCACUGAGUGAAGUUUAUGGCUGAUUUUUUUGCCCUUGAGAAAUACUUAAUUUCUCUUCAUGUUAAAUUGUUCUAGUUUAAAUUUGUUUGUCUAAGAAAGAAUAUUUAAUUUAUCAAUGUACUGAAAAUAAAUAUGGUUUAUUUAUUUGGUAAAAAAAAAUAGAAUCUGAUCUUAUCUAAAAGAACCCCUAUAACAAAGAAGUCUUUCUGAACAUGUGUGUUUCUCACAGGUCUGGUAAGGGAAGAAUAUUGAGGAUUGUUUUCUUACUUGAGUUAUUUAACAAUGUCCUUGACCUUUCUUGCAAUAUAGUGCUAUUUGUUUGUGUGAUUUUAUACACGUUUUUCGUUAGGGCCCAUUAUAAUUUUAUUUUCGCCAUGAAAAAAAAAACAACCAAUUAUUCACUAAGCAAAACAUUUGUCCUCCAUUUUGUUACUGGGAUUAAUUUUUGCAGCCUGUGAAAAAAAAUCAUGGAGAAUGACUGUUCGGAGAAAUUAAAUGGAAAAUAAUACAAACAAAACAAAAAGAGACAAUAUAAAAAAAUUUAUAAAAGAAAUUAAACCUUCACCCUGCCCUUUUAACACUUCCUUAUGAGUUCUUCUCCCCCUGAAUGAAGUUAUUUUUUAAUCAGUCAAUUUAUUAUUUUAUAAAACUGUUGUUUACAGUUUAGUUUUUGUUGGGAAAAAAGUUAUACAGUUCCUAUGGAAAAAAACAAAUGUUGUAAACAGAAUUUAUGGAGGAAAAAAAACUUGUAUAAAGGUCUAAAGAAAAAAAUAAUAAUUCAAAAUCAACUUUAAAAAAUUGCUUCUACUCCAGAUUGUUGAGUUCCCUUCAGAGCCAAUGAGAAUUGAGUUUGGCACAAUGCUGUGUACAUUCUCCCAAGAGCACAAUGUGGACUUAUCCGUGAUUGAGCUCAGACUCCAGGAUCUGUACAACGCCGCCACAACCAAGGAGAAACGAAACAGAAUGUUGGAAAAAUUCUUCAAGACCGUCUUUUCAGAGGUAUGUCUUCUCAGCUUUAUGUCUUCUCAGAGGUAUGUCUUCUCAGAGGUCCAAGUUCCAUGGUUUGUUUAAUAUCACAUUCUACAAGCAUCUCGUUUGAUAUAUCUUCUUUUAUCUCUGUCACUCGACAUGAUGAACAUUGUACAGCUACAUAUUCUGGAUCUUUGGCAGCCUGCUGCUCAUUAAAAUGUGUACAUGUGAAUUAGUGUAGAAUAGAUCCACUUGAUGAGGAAAAAAUCUAAUUGAUUACAAUGAGGGCUUGUACAUGUAGAUAUACUUUUAAAAGCUAAGAUUACUUGUCAAAGAUUACAUUUUAGGGAAUGGAUUAACUCACACCAUUUAAACCUGGUUCCAAAAAAUUAACUGAUAUAAUCAAACUGUUAUUCAUGUCCUCAGGCCUUUCAGAUGGACUAUGACCCAAGUCUUGAUGCUGGUUCUUUGGAUAUGAAGAAACACAGCCAGGAAAUACUUGAGGUCAGUACAUUAAAUAUUUAAUUAAUUGGAUUGAAACUAAUUUUUUUGUUCUUUAUUUUGCUGGCCUACUUUGCCACUGAUCAUAGUUUAAAAAACAAAACAAAAAAAUGAUUGCAAAUGUAUUGAUUUUAUAGAUGAAUGAAAGGAAGUUACUUUUAAAGUUGAUAUAUAACAACAUAAUUGUUAGCUUGAGUUAGAGUAACAAAAUAGCAGGCAAAAAAAGCAAAGUUGUUAGAAACAUAUGGACAGUUUGAAGGAAUAAAUUCAUUAUUAUUUUCUUUGGUCUUAUUGAAUUUCUGUAAGUUUAACCAGCAUUGUAAUUUUAUAGAUGGAGUUUUGAUUUCUUAAUUUCUCACAACUUGAAGCCGUGUUCACGAUUGUAGCAUCACACCAACUCGGAUGAUUAAACCUUAUUUGGCUUUGAUAAAAACUCUCAUGUAUUAUACAGGUAGAGCUUUCCAAAGAGGAAUUUGCCGAGGCCAUGGCUGUGAAGGCCAACUCAGAUUUUGUGGAACACUUCUUCAGUCUGAUUGAUUCCGACAGAAAUGGAUAUAUUUCCUUCAGGGAGUUCUUGAAUGCAGUUGUUCUGUUCUCUAAGGGUUAGUCGCAGGUUUUAUUAUUUUUUUUUAAAAAAACAAGACAUCACAAAAAUGACAUAAUUUUUAGAUAUAGGGCAAAGAUUGUGAAGAAUACAUUUGAGUUUAAUUUCCUUUUCAAAUUGUUUCUUUUGGUAGCAUGGAAAACAUGUCUGAUCAUCUGUCUGAUAUUAUGUUAGUGGCAUAAACUUUCUUUAUGAUAUUAUUAUUAUUUUAAAUCUAACUAAAAUAGAGUUUUUUACUUAAUAACUAUCAUAAAAAGAGUUGACAUUUAUUACAUUUUUGAUAUGAAUAAAAUUAAAGGUUUUUCAGUUGUUUCUGAUUUUUUCCUUUCAAGAGCUAUGCUAAUUAUUUUAAAUGUCUUCCAGGUUCCAUCCAAGAGAAACUUCAGACAAUGUUCUACAUGUAUGACAUCGACGGUACAGGAUACAUGAGCACCAAACAAAUAGGUCAGAUGUUCAGGUGGGUCAUGAUGACAUGUCACUCUUAACAAAUGAGCUAUGACAUUACAUACAGCAGUAAUGUUUGUUCACUUUUUUAGUUUCAUAACUUUUUAAAAACUUUUACAACUAAUGAAAUCUUCCCAAUUGAAAGCUUCAUUAUUUUUUUAAUGAAACUAAACAAAUUCAGAUAACUUCUAGACUAAUGAAUCUGUCUUCAAUAAAACCAUUAUACAUAGGUCUCUCCUCGAGCUGGCUCAGAGCAACCUUGACACUGAUGACAUCGACUGUCUCCUGGAGUCUCUCAGCAGCCAGUCUGGCAUGGAAAAGAAAGAGCAAUAUUCAUUUGAAGAUUUCUGCCAGCUUCUCUCUCCCCAGAUGGACAAACUAUGGAAUGCUUCUUUUGAUUGGAAAGGUCAAACAAUUUUCUUUUCUUGCUUAAUUUUAAAUAAAUGAAGGCCAACUCAGAUUUUCAAUAAAUGUAUAUAUUUUUGUGAAAAGAUUUUCAGUUGACAAUUUCAUAAUUCACGAAAUGCUUUCACUUUUUUUAUCUAUUGAUUAUAAUAAAAUAAAAAUGUAAGAUUUCUAAACAUUUUUUAAAGUUAACGUUGAAGAACUUUCUCCAUAGAUAAUAUGUCUCAUUAUCUUGUAAUCACCCUUUAAACAAAUCAGUUAUAUUCAGCUAACUAGUAAAAAUUACAAAAUAGUUAUUAAAUAGCACAGCUCAAAUGUAACCUACUACUGAAUAAUAAUUUGUAGGCUUCUUCUGUUGCUUUUUGCUAACAGAUGCAUUACAGCUGAGAAUUAUAUUUCUUAGAAUAAUUUUUCAUUUUAUUUUAAUAUUUUAACAAUGUUCCCUUCACUCUCCCAGGAUUAUCUAAUGUGAUGCCCCCUAAAACGAAAUCUCCCAAAAAGGCAGCCAAGUAAGUUCCUCUUUAGAGUCAAUUUUUUAAACUAGAAAAAAUAAAAUAAAAUUAGUUUGUUCAAAUUUCUGAUACAGGGAUGUGAAGAAGUUGUGAGCCAUUGUAUGUCACUCCACAUUAAACAAUUAAAAAGAAAAAAAGUUUGCGUAUUGACUUCUCUACUACAACCCCAUAAACUAAAUAUCCCUCAAACCAUAUGUCAGAUUAUAUUCAACUCACAUCUUUAAACUUUUCAUGAGAAAGUCGUUACAUUUUUUUACAAACAUUACUGGAUGUGACAUCUGAUGUUAUCUUUAGCGCUCAGUUGCCUUCAGAAGCCAUGUUCAAGUCAGAUCUUACAAACAGCUAAUAUGUCUUUAAAAAUUUCACUUAAUAAAAUUUAUAUUGCAUCUGUAGUGGUGAACCCAACCUAAAGAAGCGCGGCUCGGUUGCAUCACUCGGAGCCUUAGAGAACGGAGGCAGCGGUUCAAGGUUCGCUAUUUCUUUUGAGGCUGUGCGGGAAAAGUAUACGCCGCUCAAGGCCAAGGUCAAACUAGUCAAGCAUUUUAUUGAGAACUAUCGUCAGCACAUCUUUUUCAUGAUCUUAUUCUACGGCAUCUGCGCUGGUCUGUUUGCGGAGAGAUUUUACUGUAAGUUGAUUUAUUCAAACAGUUUUGUGUAGUGUAACAUGAAUGUAUCAUUCAUUUUUUUUGCAUAGUGUUAAAUCUUAUCAUUUAUUUGUACAGGACAUAUGAUUAACAUGAGUAAAUUUGAUCUAAGAUCAAACCUUCAUGUUCUGACUACUUACUGGAAACAUGCUGUGUCAUUUUAUAGAUUACACAGUUGAACAAGAGCACAAAGGCUUCAGGAAACUGAUGAGUUAUGGCAUCAGUUUUACCAGAGGGGCAGCAGCAUCCAUGUCAUUUACAUUCAGGUGAGUUAUCAGUUCAUGUUCUCAAUAAAUGAGAGUAACAGUCAUUGGGGCAUAAAUUGCUUAAUAUGAUUUGUGCAGUUACUAUUGAAUUUCACAUAUGGUUCAGGAACACAAGAGCUGAUGAUUUUAGUUUUUUUUAAUGACUAUAAAAUUAUUAAGAAUUUCAUAUUUAUUAGUAGUUCACAUAUUUUGUGUGUUAAAUUUGUAUUAUUAUUGUGUCUAAACUAGUUUGAUGCCAUAAAAAAAAUUUUCAGUGUAUAAAACUGUAUGUUUAUAUAAUGAAAUUAAACUGAGUCAGCUUAUAACCAUCAUUUGAAAUUUGACAUCUGUGCUUUCAGCUUUCUCCUGCUGACCAUGUGCAGAAACACAAUUACAUUCCUGAGGUCCACACCAUUGAACCUGUUUAUUCCCUUCGACUCGCAUGUUUCUUUCCACAAGAUAGUGGCUUGGACAGCUCUCUUCUUCUCAGGUAAUUAAAUAACUAAUUAUUAAUAACCACUCAUAUCAUCAGUCAAGCUAAUACAAAUGUAGAUCAACAUUAGCAGAUUGGUAGAGGAUACAUGGCACUUCACUGUCAUUUUAUGAAUACCAAUUACUAUUUACAUGGCAUGAUUGUUUAAUAAUUGGAAAAAAAAACACCACAGAAAAGCCCUUUCAGCAACAUGAAAAAUAUUUUUAAAACACAGACGGUGAGCAAUUUUGAGACUUUUGAAAGUAUUUUUAAACAACGUUCGUACCAUGUUAAAAAUACAUCAUUUUAGAAAGAGUAUUGGAAUUCAUAACAAGCUGAUACAGGUUAAUAUUUUCUAUAGAAGUCCAUCGUUUUGAUUUUGUUCUUUCAAUUAAAGCUAACGUGACUGUUUCACAAAUAAUUUGUGUCUUAACUUGACUUAAGUUUUAUUGCAGUCCGACCCUAAUGUAAUUUAAUUGUUUAUUUUCUUACAGCAAUACACAUCAUUGGCUACAGUUUCAACUUUUAUCAUUUGGUAUCGCAACCAACCAGGUUCCUGUGCAUUUUUACGAGUCUUGUCUUCAGGUAUGUUCAUUGGUAUCUAGGCCCCUAGUGGUUGAUUUUUUAAAAUUUUUAUCAAAUGAAAAAUAAUGCUGUAACUGUAUCAAUUGGGCCAUCUUUAAAAAUCAACAUUAAACACCAACUAAAUUAAAUUACUGUUGAUUUCUAUGAAAAAAAUGUGUGUGCAACAAUUUUAAAAGUUAUUUGAGUCAUAAUUGAAAAGAUUUUAACUUGAGAGAAUCUGAGUUAUAUAGAACUAGAAGUGUGUUGUAUGAUUAUUAAAUUUAAUGGUUUUGAAAACUGUUUAAAACUAUAUUGUUUUUUUGAAACAAAAAUCAUAUUUUCUUUUCUUACUACAUUUGCAGGCCUGAAUUUCCCUUGUCAUUUCAACAGUGGGUCUUUGGAACAAUGCCUGGUAGGACAUUUCAAUCAUUUAAAUCAUUUACUCAUGACUGAUAAUUAAUCUGUAAAGAUGCCAAUAUGUGAUAAGUGAAAUUUACACCUGUGUUAAAUUAAACUUUUGCUUUUACUGAUAUCUGAUAAAAAUUAUGAAAACUAUGUCUAUUUACAGAAAUUGAAGGGUAACCAUAGUUAUUCAUUUCUGAUAGCCUCCCCUUAUUUCACAAUUAUCUCCUUUCAGGUUUCACUGGUGUCCUGCUCGUCCUGGUGUUGUGCAUUCUAUACGUAUUUGCCACCCAAACAGCCAGACGACACAUUUUCAGUUUGUUCUGGCUGACACACAAGCUGUUCAUAAUUUUGUAUGUGCUCACCAUCAUCCACGGGGCCAGUGUUGUUGUGCAGAAGCCGAUGUUUUUCGCCUACCUUUCUGGGCCGGCCAUCUUGUUUAUGAUUGACAAACUGGUGUCUCUUAGCCGCAAGAAGACCGAACUUUGCAUCAUCAAUGCCAAGAACUUGCCUUCUGGUGAAUAACCCAUUUUACUUUUUUUAUAAUAAAUUUUUCACCUUACAACAAUAAUCAGAAACAUAUUUUUACUAUCAGCAUUUAAGUCAGAGCUAUUUCCAGGGCUGAGAAUUUGGGACCUCAAGUUUGACCUUUUAUGACGAUCCUUUCUAGUUGCAGAAUUAAGGAUUUUGAAAUUGACAGGGAUUAGAAAAAAAAGUAAAAUACUAUUUCUUACUCACUAUCACUGUGGACCGACUUUAAGAAUUCCCUUCUCAUCAUUGAUGAAUUUGGAAAAUACAACACAUUGGGUGUACUCAAUAUAUAACACAUUAUAAUAAUGAUGCCAGGAUACGUCUUACUACCUCACCAUUUUUGGAAGUGUCUGGUUGAAAAUUUUAUUCAAGUUUAAUAAUUAAUCAAAUGAUGAGCCCUUGCUUUAAACCCAAUUUUUCUCACACUUUCAGAUGUAACUAUGAUUGAGUUCAAGAGACCUCCACGCUUUGAAUAUAAAUCUGGCCAAUGGGUCCGCAUUGCCUGUUUGGCACAGGGUAAAGAUGAGUAUCAUCCUUUCACCUUGACCUCGGCUCCCCACGAGGACACACUGAAGCUGCACAUCCGAGCCCUGGGGCCGUGGACGUGGAACCUUCGACACAUUUUUGAGACCGAAAGCUUAAAAAGUUCAAAGAGCUAUCCUAAGGUAAGCCACCAAGUUCUUAAAUAUCAGUCAGACUUGUACAGCAGAAUCACACAAGAUAUUAAUUGUUAGAUAGAAAAUGUCACUGUAUGGUGCCUUGAGUAAAUAAUUUGUUAAAUGCAAAUAUCUAAAAAUAUUAAUGAUUUCAUUACUUUGAAUUGGGUUCAAGUUCUCCUUUAAAUUAAAUAUCAUUUGUCUUACAAGGUAUGUACAAUAUACUGAGCUUUUAUGAUAUUGAGAAUGUUCUGGGAGUGAUAGGUCCUAGAAUGCCUCAUACUACCUGGUACUACACAUAAUGUGUACCAGAUACAUAAUUACACAGGGGACAAAAAAUAUCUCAUGACUAUGAUGUCUUCUGGGGUAACCUGCUUUAAGUCAAUUUUGUCUCUGUCCAGCUGUAUCUUGAUGGACCAUAUGGGGCUGGACAACAAGACUGGUACCAGUACGAUGUCAGUGUCCUCGUUGGUGCUGGCAUCGGUGUGACGCCGUACGCAUCCAUUCUCAAGGACUUUGUUCACAUGGCUUCCAUCAACAUGAGGUACAAGGUCAAAUGUCAGAAGGUAAAAUAGGCUUUACUAGAAGAAUACAUUUAAAACCUAAUUUGACAAAAUGGAAGUUGUUACAUUCACUAAAGAAUAAACUGUACAUUUUUUAAAUAUUGCUCCUUUUACUUUACAGUACAGUCUUAGCAAAAGUCCUCAUUGAAAUGUAAUAUUUUGGAUCAAAUGUUGCAAGUUCUUAAAAUUUACAAGUCUCAUACUAAACAUUUCUGCAACAAAUAGAAACAAAUUCAACAAUCUUUCAUGCUUUUUAUUUUAAUUCAUUGAAUUAUUAUUAAGGGUAUUUGUCUCAGUCUAAAUAAGUAUUUCUCAUUAUACUUUUUUAAAUUUUUUAUUUUCAUAGAAUCUUCACUUUUCUGCAGUACUAUAAAUUCAUUUGAAUAUUUACUUAGAUUUAGAUGAAACUUUAUUAUUUAAAAAGGAAAAAAGAAAAUUUCUAUUGAUGGAAAAUGUUUUUAUCUUAGCUCUAUUUUAUCUGGAUCACCGGAAGUCAAAGACACUUUGAGUGGUUGCUGGACAUCAUACGGGAAGUGGAGGAGGUGGACACACAAGGGAUGGUGUCUAUUGACAUCUUCAUUACACAAUUCUUUCAAAAUUUCGACCUUAGGACAUCACUGUUGGUGAGUUGUUGCCUCUAACACUGCGUUGACACGGAGUGCUAAUUUUUUUUUGUUUUUUUAAAAGACAACCUGGUUUAUGAUCAUUGCUCUAAUUUGUUAUACCAACACCAUGAGAACGGUUUGGACUUGGAUCUCAGAGCCACCGCCUGUGCCCUGCAAUCCUUACCCUACCUGAGCCCUACACACUGCCGGUCAUCUACUGCAUCCUGGUCUCUUUCCAGUCUUCUUGAUUUAAGUCUUGCCAUUGGAACAAAUAGGCAGGGACGAAAGAGUAAAGGCUGACAAAUUGAGCAACUGUCCCUCACUUUAAACAAUAUCCAGCUCAAGUCAAGGCUAAUACUCGACUAGAAAAUUGCCUUGGUCAUCUUCGCGUGCGAAGAACAACACCUGGGCCCUGCAACCCCUACAUGGGUCCUGCAACCCCUACAUGGGUCCUGCAACCCAUACAUGGGCCCUGCAACCCCUACAUGGGUCCUGCAACCCCUGCAUGGGUCCUGCAACCCCUGCAUGGGUCCUGCAAUCUAGUUUUUUUUUUUUUUACAGCAUUAGUAUUAUAAAUAACACAUUACUAAAACAUGAACUCAAGACGCAAGGGGAUUUUGAGAGAUUCUUCUUCUUUGUUUUGAGGGCCCACAAUCAAUUUAUUGAUCGUUCUGGUUUCUGUGUUUGUAGAGAUGACUGCCCAGUGUUAGCUUCACAAACAAUCGAGAAAGGCCUUUGAUAAUAUCUUAUGUGUCAUUCAUUACCUCCGUUAGCAUUAAUCUAAACAAGUGAAACGGUUUAUUUUGUAGAAGACAUAAAUUUCUUGGAGUCGAUUAGACUUCCAUUUGUACUGCUCUAUGGGUGAGUUCUACUGUCCUUAUAGGCGGGUGCUUACAAUUUAGUUAUAGAAUUAAAUGCCAAAAGUAUAAUUCUUGAUAUGAUUUUGCUUUGAAUUUUCCAGUAUAUUUUUGAAGAGCACUUCCAGAAAAUGAACGGUGGUAAAAGUGUUUUCACAGGACUUAAGGCAACAACUCACUUCGGGAGGCCGCAGAUGAACAAAAUAAUGGAAGCCGUUCACAGAGCUCACCCGCAGGUCAGUCAAUCAUUUAUAUCUCAAAGUUUUAAAGGAAACAAAUAAUGUUUGCCAUCAGGCGCCAUGUUGAAACUAAUGAAAGUAAGUUGGUGCUCUGCUCCUAGGCAUUAGAGAAUGGGGGACGUUCCUGGAUUUGAAUAAUGUUAAAUUUUGAUUAUUUCCAAAAUGAGUAGCCGAUAACCUGAUGAUAAGAAUCACAACCUGGGGGGAUCUUGGGUCUACUCUUGUUACAGAGAACUUGUUUACAUCAUAUUUUCUCGUGCGUGCCCUCUGAUUGACCCCGCAUGAGACGCUGUGUUCACAAAGGGGUGUGGCUUAGGCCUUUUGAAGUAACUUGUUUACGCCGCCAACGAAUUAAAAAUAAUUAAUCUGUUCCAAAUAGUAUUUUGUAGAAUGAUUUAGAUUUUCUAGAAGCUUAUCGAAGGCAGGGCUUAGGCGUCGGUAGACCCACCUAUAUAAGGGAUUGACAGGCACGGACGAGGAGAGACAGACGGAGAUUUUUCACAUAGAUUUUCUUAACAUUACGAGGCGUGUUUUAUUCUUUGUGUAUUUGUGUGCUCCUACUUAUAUGUGUUUAUUCCGCAUUAUUUAUUGGCAUCAUUAUUUCUAAUUGUAUUAAGUGUGUACCGGUACGACAUCUGCCAUACUGUAAGUUGAAGAUUGUAAUUUUAUUUUAUUUUAUUUUGUAAUUAUCUUAAGACAUAAUAAAUCUUAAUUAAUUGUAACUAGAAACUGUUUUGGGUCGUAUCUUUAAUAUUGUUGAUUAUAUGGUAUCGUCCUUUGUUAGGCACUGUUUACAACGAGCCAAUUAAAAUUAAAAUAGGAGAUUAAUUUCUCCCAAUACAAGUCAGUGCGUAACAAAUUGGGUUGCUCGUCCCGGAUAUAGCGGACUCUAUAUUAUUAUUUUUCUCAAGACCCCAAUUCUAACAAAUUGGGGGCAUCGUCCGCGAUAACCGAAUCCAUAUUUUAUUCUCAUUAGACCCCAAUUUUAACAAAUUGUGGGAUUUUCCGAGGAUAAUUUUAAUCCAUAGUUUUUAAUACACCAAUAAUAAAUUGAGCGUUUUUUCUGUGGAUUUUGACAAACUGUUUACCUUAAUACACUCAAACUAAUUUGAGAUCACGAUACCAUUUUACGACACCAACAACAGAGCUGGUUACAAUUUUUUCAUUAGUGUGUGCACUAAGCUUAAAUUUUUAUAAAAAAAUCAUUGUUAUAUUUUGCCUGUGUCAAAAUGGAUUUUGAUAUUGAAAACCCAUCAGUAGAGGCAUUAGACAAAUGUUCUAGGAAGGAGCUAUUUUCCAUUGCUAAAGCUCUAGAAAUAAAUGUAGCUCAUUCGGCCGUAAAAAAGACCAUACGAGACAUGAUCAUCGUUCACUUUGUGGAUGAAGACAUGUUAUCUGAAGAUGAACUUGCCUCAGUCACACAACCGACUGAUCCAAGUAUGGAGCUCCAACUAAAGCUCAAACAAAUGGAACUAGAUGCCCAGAGAGAAAAAGAACGUGAGCUUAAACAGCUGGAGCUAAAUAAAGAACGUGAGCUGAAACAGCUGGAGCUUGAAGCUCAGAGAGAGAAAGAAGAAAAAGAACGAGAGCUUAAACAGCUGGAGCUAAAAGCUCAGAGAGAGAAAGAAGAAAAAGAUAGAGAGCUAACAAUAAAGUUAAAACAAAUGGAAAUAACGGCCAAUUUAGGAGCAAUGGAAAAUAGACUCACGGCUCCAGCCGGUCAGGGUUGCGAUGCAAUUAAAUUUGCAAAAGUAAUCCCUAAAUUUACAGAAAAAGAGGUUGACCAAUAUUUUGCGCAGUUUGAGAUAACUGCCCAAAAUUUUAAAAUUCCUGAAACUAUGUGGUCCACCUUACUUCAACCAGCCUUGACCGGAAGGGCAUCUGAAGUCUUUGUGUCCCUGAAUGCGGAACAGCGCGGGGACUAUAACCUAGUAAAAUCAUUAAUACUUAAGGCUUAUGAAUGUGUCCCCGAAGCAUACCGUAAAAAGUUUAGGGAACUGUGGAAACGUGAUGGCCAGACUCAUGUUGAGUUCCUCCGGGAAAAGGAACGGCUCCUGGACAAGUGGCUGCACGCAACCAACACCGAGACAGACUUCAAGAAAUUCAAGAACCUCAUUCUGAUGGAGGAGUUCAAGAACUGUGUUCGUACUGAGGUGCGAAUACAUAUUGCAGACCGUGGCGAAGGUGACGCACAUACGGCAGCAGUGUUAGCCGACGACUUCACCAUCUCACAUCAACUUUCCAAGAAUCCAUCUGACACCAAAAAUGACAGGCACAAUAAGACAGCUGUAUCAACUUACAGUAAACCUCCACAAAAACCAUUCAAGCCCGGUACGAAAGAAAUUGGUGCAAAAGACACAUGUGCCUACUGUAAAAAAGAAGGACAUACGAGGGAUGAUUGCUGGAAACUCAAGAAGAAAACUGAGAAGACCACACAUCCUGGUACACAACACAAAGUCUCCGCUUGUACGUCUCGUCAUACAUCUGGAAACACAUUUUCAAAAUUCAAGAGUUUUUGCUCUCCAGAUGUCCAUACAAACUUCAAAGAGGUUUGUCACGACUCAUCAAAGAGUUCCAUUAUGAACAAUAAGGCUAGUUUUACUGACUCCAGCCAAGUUCCUGCUUCGACUGCGAGUUUUAUGAGCUUGUCGCCAAGAUCCUUUUGCUCCAAGAAGAGGUCUACCUCCAGAGGGCGUUUUACUGAGGACUUGUGUGCAAGUUUUGACGACUCUACCCAGAGUUUUACUUCCUCUACCCUAGCCGAAUGUUCUCAAGACUCCAACAAGAGUUUACCUACCAAGGUCCAAAAUUCUACAUCAGAAACUACUGAUGUCAUACAAGACUUCAUGCCUUUCAUAUCGGAAGGAUUCGUAUCACUGCCAGGUGAUUUUUCCAGUCUACAACCAAUCAAAAUCUUACGAGAUACAGGUGCUUCACAGUCCUUGCUACUUGAGGGUAUACUUCCCUUAUCUGAAUCUACUGCUACUGGGAGCAACAUCCUGUUACGAGGUGUAGAGCUGGGAUGCAUAGAUGUACCUUUACAUCUCAUCAACCUAAAAUCAGACUUAGUCUCCGGACCUGUGGUUGUGGGUGUCCGACCAACAUUACCAUUGGACGGCAUCUCGUUGCUGCUAGGCAAUGACUUAGCUGGUGGGAAGGUAAUAGCCGAACCCAUCGUUACUCAUGAACCUUGUUUAAAUGAAAAUCAGGAAGAAGAUCAAGAAUUGUAUCCAGCAUGUGCUGUGACAAGGGCCAUGAGUUCCAAGAUCUCCACAAAAGAGAUUUCACAAAAAAGCAAUAAAAUUCUUCCUGAAAUUGACCUGGGAAAAACAUUUUUUGCAAGUCUUAAUGAAGAGGCUAGUAAUUACAAGACUCCAACUCGAAUGCAACUUAUUGAAGAACAGAAGAGUGAUCCAGAAAUAGUCAAACUUCGAGAGAACGCUUUGACCCAAGAAGAAGCUGAACAAUUCCCUAUAUGUUAUUACCUUCAAGAUGACAUACUUUUGAGAAAAUGGCGACCUCCAGACGCAAAUGCUGAUGAAGAAUGGAGGAUAGUUCAUCAAAUAGUAGUUCCUACCCCAUUCCGGAACGAAGUCCUGAACUUAGCCCAUGACUCACCACUUUCAGGUCAUUUGGGAGUAAAGAAGACAUAUCACAAAAUCACGUCGCACUUCUUUUGGCCCAAAAUCAAGAAAGAUGUGGUUGAAUACUGCAGAUCAUGUCAUACUUGUCAGGUUGUAGGGAAACCAAAUCAGAAGAUACCAGCAGCUCCUCUUCAACCCAUUCCAGCAUUCGAAGAACCUUUCAGUCGCGUUAUUAUAGACUGCGUUGGACCUCUGCCAAAGACAAAAUCAGGUCACCAAUACUUGCUGACAAUCAUGUGUGCGUCAACAAGGUUCCCAGAAGCUAUUCCUCUUCGCAAUAUCAAGACUCCGAACAUCGUCAAAGCCUUGACGAAGUUUUUUACAUUGUUUGGUCUUCCGAAGUCUGUACAGUCUGACCAAGGAACCAACUUCAAGGCUGGAAUAUUCAAACAAGUGAUGAACCAGUUGGGCAUAGAACACUGCUUGUCGAGUGCAUAUCAUCCUGAGUCACAGGGAGCACUUGAGCGAUUCCAUCAGACGUUGAAGAACAUGAUGAGAACCUACUGCCUAGAACAAGAGAAAGACUGGGAUGAAGGCAUCAACAUGCUACUGUUCGCCGCAAGAGAAGCAGUUCAAGAAUCACUUGGAUUCAGCCCCUUCGAACUGGUGUUUGGCCACACGGUUCGCGGUCCCCUUAAACUUUUAAAAGACACGUGGAUGUCAUCGGCAUCCACGGAAGGACUUCUUGACUAUGUCCAAAAAUUUAAAACUAAACUUUUUAAUGCCGUUAAUUUGGCUAAAACACAUUUAAAAGAUUCACAAUCUAAAAUGAAAGUUUGGUAUGACAAAAAGUCAAAAUUCAGACAGUUUGCUUCAGGGGACAAAGUGCUUGUGCUUUUGCCGAUACCAGGGCAAGCACUACAAGCUAGAUAUUUUGGUCCUUAUGUUGUUGAGUCCAAAAUCAAUGAUUUGAAUUACAUUGUGUUAACACCAGAUCGUAGAAGAAAGAAACAGUUAUGUCACAUUAACAUGUUAAAAGAAUAUUUUGAUAGAAAAUGUGAUGAUCAUUGUCCAUCCUCAGAAACAAAUGUUAACACAAUCUCAACUGUAACUUCAGUACUUAAAGAAAAUGUUACUGAAACCUUUGAUAGUGUCCCAGAAAAAGUUGGUAAUUAUAAACUUAAAAAUUCAGAAAUAUUGGCCAACUUAGAUAAGAAACUAGGACAUUUGUCAUUGUCAGAGAAGGAUGUUGUUAAGUCUGUUAUUGCAGAUUUUGUUUUACUCUUCCCUGAUGUACCUAAUAAAACCAACAUUGCUGUACAUGAUGUUGACAUUGGCAAUGCAGUUCCGGUCAAGCAACACCCCUAUAGGGUCAAUCCGGAAAAACUUGAAAUAAUCCGGUCUGAAAUAAAAUACAUGCUUGAAAAUGAUAUAAUUGAACCAAGCUCUAGUAACUGGAGUUCACCAUGUAUUUUAGUCCCAAAGCCUGACAAAAGUUACAGGUUUUGUACUGACUUCAGGAAAGUGAAUGCAUUCACAAAGACUGAUUCCUUUCCGAUUCCAAGGAUAGACGAUCUUAUAGAUCGAAUAGGUGAUGCCAAAUAUGUAACCAAGAUAGACUUACUAUCAGGUUAUUGGCAGGUUCCUCUAUCUGACAGAGCAAAAGAAAUCUCUGCUUUUUGUACUCCAGAUGGUUUAUAUCAAUAUAAAGUAAUGCCGUUUGGAAUGAAAAAUGCCCCAGCUACAUUCCAACGUCUUGUAAAUAACAUUAUUGCUGACCAGGAAAAUUGCAGCGCCUAUAUUGAUGAUGUAAUUAUUUACAGUCAAGAUUUUUCAUCUCAUGUAAACCAAUUAAGAUCUCUGUUUAAAAAAUUUUUGCAGGCAAAUGUAACUGUAAAUUUAAAUAAAUGUGAAUUUUGUCAUGCAACUGUGGAAUAUUUAGGUCACAUAGUGGGUCAAGGUCAUGUAAAGCCUGUUCAAGCUAAGAUAAAUGCUAUUGUAUCACUUCCACCACCCACUACUAGAAAACAGUUAAUGAGAUUUUUGGGAAUGGCAGGUUAUUAUAGAAAAUUUUGCAAAAAUUUCUCAGUUAUUGCUUCUCCUUUAAGUAAUAUGUUAAAGAAAAAUGCAAAAUUUCAUUGGUCAGAUGCUUGUCAGGAAGCAUUCGAAAACAUUAAAAAUAUACUUGCUAAUGCUCCUGUUCUCAUUGCACCAGACUUUAACAAACAGUUUAAAUUAGCUGUAGAUGCCAGUGAUGUUGGCAUUGGUGCAGUUCUUUUUCAAGAAGAUGACCACAAUGUAGAUCAUCCUGUCUCUUAUUUCUCAAAGAAAUUCAACUCACAUCAGAAAAACUAUUCCACUGUAGAAAAAGAAUGUUUAGGUUUAAUUCUUGCUCUCCAACAAUUUGAUUUUUAUGUCAGUUGUUCUUUACAUUCAGUACUUGUUUUUACUGAUCACAAUCCUUUAACAUUUUUGAAUAAGAUGGUCUCCAAAAAUCAAAGAUUGUUAAGAUGGAGCCUAUUUUUACAAGAAUAUAAUUUGGACAUCAAACAUAUUAAAGGCAAAGACAAUGUCAUUGCAGAUACCUUGUCCAGAAAUUAAUUUUCACUUAUGUUAUUGUUCAUAAGCUAUUAGGAAGUUUUUGUCUAAUAUUUUGAGAGUAAGAAAUGUACUUUCUUCAAUUUUAAUGGAAAAAGAAUUCCAUUUUUGAACAAUGAAAUUUUUUUCUUUUAAGAGGGGAGGUGUUAUAGAGAGCUAGUAUUUCUCGUGCGUGCCCUCUGAUUGACCCCGCAUGAGACGCUGUGUUCACAAAGGGGUGUGGCUUAGGUCUUUGAAGUGGCUUGUUUACAGUCGGCUUCCAAUUACGCAUUGGGUAGAUUGUUUUCGGGUAAUUUCUGGAAUAUACUCCUUAACCCGAGAGAUGUAAACAACACGUCAUAAGCCCUUCUCGAAGCAUCUUACUCUACAUAUAUAUAAGAGAUUGACAGGCACGAGGGGACGGAGAUUUUUCACAUAGAUUUUCUUAACAUUACGAGGCGUGUUUUAUUCUUUGUGUAUUUGUGUGCUCCUACUUAUAUGUGUUUAUUCCGCAUUAUUUAUUGGCAUCAUUAUUUCUAAUUGUAUUAAGUGUGUACCGGUACGACAUCUGCCAUACUGUAAGUUGAAGAUUGUAAUUUUAUUUUAUUUUAUUUUGUAAUUAUCUUUAGACAUAAUAAAUCUUAAUUAAUUGUAACUAGAAACUGUUUUGGGUCGUAUCUUUAAUAAUUGUUGAUUCUAUGGUAUCGUCCUUUGUUAGGCACUGUUUACAUCGAGCCAAAUUAAAAUUAAAAUAGGAGAUUAAUUUCUCCCAAUACAAGUCAGUGCGUAACAACUCUCAAUUUGUUUUUGGGGAUUUUAAAACAAAAUGUGUUCUGGUAUUGAAACCAGAAUGUAUACUGUUAUUAAAACCAGAAUGUAUAAUGUUAAUAGAAUCAGAAUGUAUAACAAUUUUAAGGGACAACAUUGUUUCAUUAGAAAUUAAGUGAUUUUAAAACCAAAAUGUAUACUGGUACUGGUAUUAAAAACAAAUGUAUACUAAUAUAUAACAUAUUUAAGGGACAGCAUUUUUUGUUUGGAAAUUAGGUUACGCUUCAUACCAGUACACCUCUAGAAUGUUUCUGUUGGGGUUUACUGCCUCAGUAUUUUGCCUUUCAAUUAAAAAGGCAGUGCUACUGUGUGUGAUUGAGGCUUAGGAUAUCUGGACACUGAGUUUACUGGACACUGAAUGUGUGAGUUUACUGGACACUGACUUUGUGAGUUUACUGGAAACUGAGUUUGUUAGUUUACUGGAUACUGAGUUUGCGAGUUUACUUGACACUGAGUUUGUGAGUUUACUUGACACUGAGUUUGUGAGUUUACUGGACACUGAGUUUGUGAGUUUACUUGACACUGAGUUUGUGAGUUUACUGGACACUGAGUUUGUGAGAUUACUGGACACUGAGUUUGUGAGUUUACUUGACACUGAGUUUGUGAGUUUACUGGACACUGAGUUUACUGGACACUGAGUUUGUGAGUUUACUAGACACUGAGUUUGUGAGUUUACUGGACACUGAGUUUACUGAACACUGAGUUUGUGAGUUUACAGGACACUGAGUUUACUGGACACUGAGUUUACUGGACACUGAGUUUGUGAGUUUACUUGACACUGAGUUUGUGAGUUUACUGGACACUGAGUUUGUGAGUUUACUUGACACUGAGUUUACUGGACACUGAGUUUGUGAGUUUACUAGACACUGAGUUUGUGAGUUUACUGGACACUGAGUUUACUGGACACUGAGUUUACUGGACACUGAGUUUACUGGACACUGAGUUUGUGAGUUUACUGGACACUGAGUUUACUGGACACUGAGUUUACUGGACACUGAGUUUGUGAGUUUACUUGACACUGAGUUUGUGAGUUUACUGGACACUGAGUUUGUGAGUUUACUUGACACUGAGUUUGUUAGUUUACUUGACACUGAGUUUGUGAGUUUACUUGACACUGAGUUUACUGGACACUGAGUUUGUUAGUUUACUUGACACUGAGUUUACUGGACACUGAGUUUACUGGAAACUGAGUUUGUGAGUUUACUUGACACUGAGUUUGUGAGUUUACUGGACACUGAGUUUGUGAGUUUACUUGACACUGAGUUUGUUAGUUUACUUGACACUGAGUUUGUGAGUUUACUUGACUCUGAGUUUACUGGACACUGAGUUUGUGAGUUUACUGGACACUGAGUUUGUUAGUUUACUUGACACUGAAUUUGUGAGUUUACUGGACACUGAGUUUGUGAGUUUACUGGAAACUGAGUUUGUGAGUUUACUUGACACUGAGUUUGUUAGUUUACUUGACACUGAGUUUGUGAGUUUACUGGACACUGAGUUUACUGGACACUGAGUUUACUGGACACUGAGUUUGUGAGUUUACUGGACACUGAGUUUGUGAGUUUACUGGACACUGAGUUUGUGAGUUUACUGGAAACUGAGUUUGUGAGUUUACAGGACACUGAGUUUGUGAGUUUACUGGACACUGAGUUUGUGAGUUUACUUGACACUGAGUUUGUGAGUUUACUUGACACUGAGUAUGUGAGUUUAAUUGACACUGAGUUUGUUAGUUUACUUGACACUGAGUUUGUGAGUUUACUUUACACUGAGUUUACUGGACACUGAGUUUGUGAGUUUACUGGACACUGAGUUUGUUAGUUUACUUGACACUGAGUUUGUGAGUUUACUGGACACUGAGUUUGUGAGUUUACUUGACACUGAGUUUGUUAGUUUACUUGACACUGAGUUUGUGAGUUUACUGGACACUGAGUUUACUGGACACUGAGUUUGUGAAUUUACUGGACACUGAGUUUGUGAGUUUACUGGACACUGAGUUUGUGAGUUUACUGGACACUGUGAGUGUGUGAGUUUACUGGACACUGAGUUUGUGAGUUUACUGGACACUGAGUUUGUGAGUUUAAUGGACACUGAGUUUGUGAGUUUACUUGACACUGAGUUUGUGAGUUUACUGGACACUGAGUUUGUGAGUUUACUGGACACUGAGUUUGUGAGUUUACUGGACACUGAGUUUACUGGACAUUGAGUUUGUGAGUUUACUGGACACUGAGUUUGUGAGUUUACUGGAAACUGAGUUUGUGAGUUUACUGGACACUGAGUUUGUGAGUUUACUGGACACUGAGUUUGUGAGUUUACUGGAAACUGAGUUUGUGAGUUUACUGGAAACUGAGUUUGUGAGUUUACUGGACACUGAGUUUGUGAGCUUACUGGACACUGAGUUUGUGAGUUUACUGGACACUGAGUUUGUGAGUUUACUGGACACUGAGUUUGUGAGUUUACUGGACACUGAGUUUGUGAGUUUACUGGACACUGAGUUUGUGAGUUUACUGGACACUGAGUUUAAACUCGUGUGUUGCUGUUUGCAGCCAUUCCAUCUCAAAGUUACACCAAAAAAAUAAAUGAUACCAUACUUAGGAUGUCAGCAGAUGGCAAUAAGAAAAUGGUUUUUAGCUGGUGACAUUUAUUCUUUGAUCAACUUUAUACUUUCUUGACCUGAUAGCAGUGCCAGUAAUAAAUCCUUACAGGAUAUUAUUGAUACAUUAAAAUAUUUCUCUAGUAUUUCAAAGUUUAAAUUAUAAAUAAUUUUAAAAUAUUUGACAUGUAAAAUUUUUAAUAUCAUUUGUGAUCAGGUGAGGAAGGUUGGCGUCUUUAGCUGUGGGCCCCCGGGGGUCACCAAGGGUGUGGAGCGAGCCUGCGUGGACACCAGCAAGGUCACCAAGGCCAUGUUUGAACACCAUUUUGAGAACUUUUAAAUCUCGUCAAGUGAUAUCAUCUAAUUUCUUAUUUGUCUCGUUAAUAUAUUAACUUUGACAAAACAAAUAAAUGCAAAAUGACCAAACAGGUUCCAGGUUUUGCUGAAAAACUUGGCCAUUUAUUACCAAAUUUGGAAUCUCUCAUUUUAUAAUAUUUGUUUAAAACAAUUGUUAUAUUGUAUAUAAUUUUACAAAUGAAAUUGCUGUUCGUAUGUAAUUGAAAUUCUGUUAAAUAUUAAUAUGAAAUACUAAUGUUAGCUGUCUAAAAUUAGUGCUUUUAGCUUAUCUUUGAAGAUGAGAUGAACUCUGUUUGUGAUGUGAUGGCUCAGAACCAUUUCAGAACCAAAGAAAAGUUUUACAAAUUCCACCUCACAGGAACAAGCACUGUUAUCUCCUCACAGGAACAAGCACUGUUACCUCCUCACAGGAACAAGCGCUGUUACCUCCUCACAGGAACAAACGCUGUUACCUCCUCACGGGAACAACCCCUGUUACCUCGUCAGCAUUCCUUAGUCUAGGAAAAUUUUUUUUUUACAAAUGUUUUUACCCGUAAUGAAUUCACAUUUAGCCUGGAGGUAUUAACUAAAUAAAUCAAGUUUGACAAAGUUGUGUAAUAAAUAAUCUGCAAUUUUUUUUUGUGCCAUGUUCAAUCAAUUUAAAAUUUUAUUUUUUCUCUCUAAUCUUUUUGCUAGUUUCCUACUGGGCUACUCCAACAGGAAAGUUAAGGGUCAAAUAUUAUAAUUCAUGUAAUAUAGUGCAGUUUAUAGAAAUUUCAUAGCAGAAUUUUUGAUCUCCAUUUUUUUUAUUCCACUGGCCAUUGGGUGUAUUUAAUUUCUGCUAGUUUCUCAUACUUCAAACCAGGGUGGGAUUGCCCUUCUUUUUAUAUAGCUCUUAAAAUAAUUCAUAUCAGUCUUUCUUAUUGGUGGCGGCAUUUGAAUUAAUGAGCUAUGAAGGAGUGGGUUGUAACAAGAUUGAACAUACUAUUGAAAAAUAAAAAUAUUCAGUUUAACAUGCCACUGCAUAAAAUAUUAUUUUAAGUUUAUGGUGAAUUACGUAAGACUUAAUGAGCCCCAGAGAGGGUUAGUUUCCUGAAUCAAGUAUACUAAUGAGCCCCAAGAGGUGGGGUAGUUUCCUUUCCAAAUGAUAUUCUAGUUACAAUAUGUCACUGUGGAUUUAUUAUUGAUAAAACUCAUGGCAUAUUUGAAAAAGUCUUUCAUGCCUUAAUUAAAUGCAUUUUUUAAAUAUUUUUGGUGGUAUACAUUAUAAUCUAUGAUUAUCAAGUAUGUGGCAAAUAAUUGUUAUCAUGAUAAUUUUUAAGAAGCCUAUCUGUUUCAUGUAAUGUUUCUUGGCAUACCUCGGAUUUUUUAUCAAAAGUGACCCCCUCCCCCCUUUUUUUUUUUCUCUCUUUGUUUGGAGGGGCAGGAUUUUAGGCCAACUGCAGAGUUUUUUUGACAGUAGAAGUCGGGUGGCACUAACCCUGGCUACGCCGGCCAAUGGGUACAUCACCUAUCAGCACUGCGACAGUAAGAUGCCCUCCAGGGCGAUCCUUUUGGCCCUAGCUUAGUUUCACCCAAUCUUUUAUUAUGGCCGCCUUUCAAAAACAAAUUUUUCAAAAACGUAAGCCAAACAAGUCUGUUAUAAUUAUAAUUAUUGUUUUCCCAUGCCAUGUUAUGAUAGACAUGGUUCUUGUGAUUAGAAUGACUAGUACCGACUUCUGGUAAAUUUUUUGUUCCUUUCUUCAUUCUUCAUGAGCAGUUAUAGAAUAUCUUAAGUUUAUCUAAAAUUGCUUUAAAAAAAAAAAAAUUGUAUCAUGGAAUGUAGUUAAUAUUAGCUCUUGCUUUCACAAGAUAGGGUUUCUUGUGGAUGCAGCGGUGUCAGGUGUACAGGUGAAUUGACUGCCGAAAUGCUUUCAUUCCAAUUAUUUGAUUUUUGGUGUUUAUUUGCUAUGUCUAUCUAUCUUGUACCAUGAUUGUGCCUUUAUCAUUAGCAAGAGACUGUUUUACAAUUUAAUGAUUUUAAUAAAGAAUAUGAACUUUA